AUGGGCCUGCGCAAACAGCCCCCACCGCGUCUCCAAAACAUUAGCAAACCGUAUGCUCGAUCGGACGCACGUUCGCCCAAAUCGGCAUCAGCUAAUUCCCCGUCUUCCUCUCGCCCAUCUCACCUUAAACGACUUCCUUCUGAGGAUUCCAUAUACUCCCCCGACCUGAACACAUCCCCUGCAUUCGAUCUAAUGCCGCUUGACCAGGCGCAAGGGUCGCCAGUCGGGUCGCCGACACGCAACCCGCCAAAUAAAUGGCCAGAUAGCGCCAUGAGAUCGGAAAAUGGCGGCGCGGGUCAGUAUGGUCACCAUGACCAGUACAAUGGGACCUAUCAGGACCCCGGGACCAACACCGAGAACUCGGUCCCACAUCCACUUAUUCCGGGCCAGUAUACAGGCGCAUCCGAGAAUGUAUGGCGGUCAGAUCAUGAUGCCAGACAUGCGUCGAUGGGAGAGCUGCCCGUACAGCUUCAAUCAAACAACCCGUUCUUGAAACCAAGGUCGGCAGAACAUACUCAAGAUCUGCUGGACAGAAACGAUUGGGGACGAACAUCCCAGGCGACUACAAAUAGUGAAGCAUUGAGUCAUACGGAUGGUUAUAUCCCGAUGACAGCCCGUUUAUCUCUAUUGGACCAAACGGAGCAAGAAACCCCAUGGGAGGAACCUUCCCAACUCCACUAUGAUCAACGCGCUGUGCUGGGUGGCCACCACCUGGAUGACAACUCACCAUGGGAAUCUCAAAAAUCGACCAACGUUUCUGAGCCCCAAAAGCCAUAUCAGCAGGAAGCACAGCCUGAUCCAUAUCAACCGCCGAUUGUCGUGGAACCACACAGCUCGCCCGAUGGAGCUCGAUACGCACACGCACAAGACCACCAGCCGUAUAAUCCACACAGUCUGGAAUCAGACCCUGGGAUUAGGACUCCCUCAGCUGUACCUUCCAACGCCACCUCUGCCACAUCCCAUUACCUGAUUGACCUAGAUGUCCCUGGCACGACCGCCAAUCUAGGAAUUGAUACUGGAUCUCGUGCUGGGUCCUCGGUAUACUCACAGCCAGCCUACAAAGAACCGAAUCCUCCGUCGGACGCCCAGACACAAGAUCCUUCAUUCUCCACGGAGCAGCCAUGGGCAACUUCCAACAAACCCGAACCCCAAACGGUCCCCAUUCUAUCCGCAGAGGAGUCCGCGCGACAAAAGGAACAAAGGGCAGAGACGUACACAAUUCGACACAUACGAUGGACCGACCAGUCCGGCAAACUACUGGAAUCUCCUAUUCUGGUUCAGAAUCAAAAUGGCCCAUGUCCUUUGUUGGCCCUCAUUAAUGCACUGGUUCUACGAGCAAACCCGAAGGCCCAACCACCGAUCGUUAGAGCGCUCUCAACUCGCGAGCAAAUUUCAUUGGGGCUGCUCAUUGAAGCAAUGUUUGAAGAGUUGACAACAUGUUUGGGUCCAGAUGAAGAGUUCCCGGAUAUUGAGGCUCUGACUCAGUUUUUGACCAUGCUCCACACUGGAAUGAAUGUCAACCCGCGGUUGACUCUGGAAUCCACUGAUGCGCUUGGAACCUUCCUACAAACCAGCGAUUUGCGAUUGUACAGCACUUUUGGAAUUCCCUUGAUCCAUGCAUGGUUGGCUUCUUGGUCUAGUCCUACGCAUGCAGCGAUGACACGAACCGGUCAGUACUACGAGGAUAUUCAAAUGUUGCCCUUCCGCCGGCAGGAGCUAGAAGAUCGAGCCACUCGAGGCGGAACUCUCACUUUCGAGGAAGAAAGCACCAUGGAGGACAUUCAGUCAAUCCAGCAAUUUGUGGAAAUUGAAAACGCCACUCAAUUGAGCCCAUUUGGCCUGACUCAGCUUUCUACCACACUUGAACCAGGCUCUGUCUCGAUCCUCUUCCGCAACGACCACUUCUCAACCCUUUACAAACACCCACAAUCCCAUCAACUAUACACUCUAGUCACCGAUGCCGGCUAUGCCGGCCAUGCUGAAGUUGUUUGGGAAUCUUUAGUCGACGUGACGGGAUUCAAUACGGAGUAUUACUCUGGCGAUUUCCGCACUGUUGGUGCCGGUCCAUCUGCCGAGCCUGCUCCAUCUAACCCAGCAGGUCCACGGACAUCCAGUGUUCCGGCAACCUCUUCCCCACACUCAAGCACAAGUGACACCGCACAAUCUCCUGAACCUAGCCAAGAGCAAAGCGACGCGGACUACGCGUAUGCCCUCUCACUUCAGUUUGAGGAAGAGCAACGCGAAAAUGAGCGAGCUCAAGAAGGCAAUGCGAGUCGCAACUCUGCGCAGAGCAACCCCCCUAGCCGUCCACCGCGCAUGAGCAACGUCCCUAACCGAUCUUCGAGUACAGCCACGGGGCUUCGUACUCGGCCUGGCCCUCAGCCAAACCACGGCCCUGAUCCUGAAGAUCCCAAUGCUCCGCCCCCACCAUAUGAACAAGCUGCCGGGGGGCCCAGAUACUCGCCCCCUGAUAGGAGACCCCAAAGCGGUAUCCAGGGCAAUCAGUACCCGGGCAGGAACGCCCGUAACAACUCGCAGUAUGCCCAUCGACCACGUCCCUCCGUCGCGUCGAGUGCCGACCGGAUGGGUAGAGAUCGAAACAAAGAUUGCGUAGUGAUGUGA